GUUUUUAUCCCGGACUUUUGAAGAGUUCUCUUGGAAACGCGAUAUAACCGACCUCGACGCGGGCGGAAAGCUAGUUAGCUAUAAAUGAAAACGGCUGGUUUUUGCUUAAUCGACUCGCGUUUAAAUGACAGAGAUUAUUUUAAUUAUUUAAUGAAUUUUUACAUCUUGUGUUGACGGCAAUACAAUACUUCAAAGUGGUUUAUCGAAUAGUUGCUAAGUUAUCUUAGGACUAUCCAUGACAAAAUAUUGGUUUUAUAGAUAAGCAUGCUAUCAAUGGUAGCUCAGUAUUUGAUUUAUUGUGCUUCCAUCCACCACAUCAUUGUAUCGCUUUUGUUAAUUGUUUGUUGUGCACUGAAGAAGCUAUAGAUAAAGUUUCCACUCGACUCGGUAGCCGCCGCCUCACAAGGAAAUGGAUACGACACCAUCAGCGGAACAGUUAAACUCUGAUUUAGAUGACCAUCUUGAACAUCGCAUAUUUCUAAAAUAUUAUACAGAAAAGGAUUACUUUUUGUCGCCAGAGGGGAUCUUGAAAGUAUUGUCCGCGGACAUCAUAAUAUCAGCGGUAAUGGGAGUCCUGCUGCUCAUCACUGCGGUACUGAGCAUGACUGUUUGCGAGUUCACGAGUAUCAUCAGCUACAUGCACGGGCCACUGGCAGUUAUAAACGCAGGCAUGGUGACGGCGAGCGCAGUGAUCACGUACGUGUCGGCGAUGCGGCUGUGGGACGCAGCGCGGCCGCCGCGCGAGCCGCCGCGCCCUCCGCCGCCCGAGCAGGACGUGUAGCACGCGCUGGCCUCUCAUACCCACUCACUGUACAAUAUUCUAGGUGUACUCAAAUAAAUAAAUAAAUUACAUUACUGGUAACAAUUAACAAUAUAUUUAUACAAUUAAUGGUACAUAAUUAUAUCCAAUACCAGACAAUAAUAAACAUCCUAAACUCCCAAA